ACCCCGAACCACAGCAACGCCAUCUUGACAGAAGCCUCAAAAUGGCAGAAAGAUGUCAGCUCGAAACCGAGUCCACACUAAAACCCCGGGUCUACGGUGUAUAAAACUGGAAUUGUCACUUUUUCUCAAACGCGUGGUUAUGGGAUCGGCGUUCAGCGGCGCCGCACAACGUCUGUAAACAUGGAUAUAACGGCGGCGGUGUUCAACGCGGCCAGAGAUGGUAAGCUGAAACUUCUCCAGAAGUUGAUGAGCAACAAAACUCCCGAGGAGUUGGAGGCUCUGGCGGGGGAGAAAACCCAGGGGGGCACGGCUCUGCUGAUAGCCUCGCGGUACGGACACGUCGAGGUGGUGGACUACCUGCUGGAGCAGUGCCGGGCCAGCGUGGAGCUGGGCGGCUCGGUGAACUUCGACGGGGAGACCAUCGAGGGCGCGCCGCCGCUGUGGGCGGCCGCGGCCGCCGGGCACCUGCCCGUGGUCCGCACGCUGCUGCGCCGCGGGGCCGCCGUCAACAACGCCACCCUCACCAACUCCACCCCUCUACGGGCCGCCUGCUUCGACGGACACCUGGAGAUCGUGAAGUACCUGGUGGAGCACCGGGCCGACAUGGAGGUGGCCAACCGCCACGGCCACACCUGCCUCAUGAUCUCCUGCUACAAGGGCCACAAGGACAUCGCCAAGUUCCUGCUGGACCGCGGGGCCGACGUCAACCGCAAGAGCGUGAAGGGGAACACGGCUCUGCACGACUGCGCCGAGUCGGGCAGUCUGGAGAUCAUGAAGAUGCUGCUGAAGUGCAACGCCCGCAUGGAGAAGGACGGCUACGGCAUGACCCCGCUGCUGGCCGCCAGCGUGACGGGCCACACCAAGAUCGUGGAGUAUCUGGCUCACCAGCCCCAGACCUCCAGGGAGGAGAGGGUGGACGCGCUGGAACUGUUGGGGGCUACUUUUGUGGAUAAAAAACGUGAUCUGCUAGGAGCCAUGAGAUACUGGAGAAGAGCCAUGGAGCUGAGGCAGCCCGUUGAUAAGACGGGGUGUCUGGACAAACCUCCACCCGGCCCCCCCAUCUCCGCCUACGGCUGUGCUCAGGAAGUGAGCUCGGCCGAGGAACUGGAAGCUUUGAUCACCGACCCCGAUGAGAUGAGAAUGCAAGCCUUGCUGGUCCGUGAGCGCAUCCUGGGCCCGUCCCACCCAGACACUUCAUUUUACAUCCGCUACAGGGGAGCUGUGUACGCCGACUCGGGGAACUUUGAGCGCUGUAUUAGUCUGUGGAAAUAUGCUUUAGAUAUGCAGCAAAGCAAUUUGGAUCCUCUGAGCCCCAUGACGGCUGCCAGUUUCUUGUCCUUUGCAGAGCUCUUCUCCUUCGUCCUCCAGGACAGGGCUAAAGGCGCCCUGUCAACCAGCAUCACCUUCCAAGACCUGAUGACUGUGCUGGGGAAAAGUUUGAGGGAAAUAGAAAGAGCUGUGGCUCAGAGAGAUAACCCGCCGGAAGCCCCUCAGUUCACCAAGGCCCUUUUCAUCAUCCUCCACCUCAUCUUUCUACUGGAAAAGUUUGAGUGCACCCCCGAGCAGGAGCAUCAGAAGAAGCACACGGUGUACCGGCUGCUGAAGCUCAACCCCAGAGGUCGGAGCGGCUUCACUCCUCUCCACAUGGCCGUAGACAAAGAAACCACGUCCGUCGGCCGCUACCCCGUCGGCCGCUUCCCCUCUCAGGCCGUGGCAACGCUGCUGCUGGAGUGUGGGGCCGAUGUGGAUUCCCGUGACUGUGAGAACAACACGCCGCUGCACAUUGCUGCUAACAAUGGUUGCCCAGAGAUUAUGGCCCUGCUCAUGAAGGCCGGAGGUCAUUUUGACGCCACAAAUGCACAGAGGAAGACGGCCCACGAGCUACUGGACGAGCACAGCAGCGGGAACCCGGCUCUUUACCCGCUUAACUACAUUACCCUUCAGUGCCUGGCAGCUCGUGCAAUCGAGAGGCACAGACUACCUUACAGGGGACUGAUCUCCAAGGAGAUGGAGGCUUUCAUUGAACUGCACUGACUCUCCCUGAAAGGGCACCCCUGCACUUCUCUUUCUGUUCUUACUCAUUCUUUAAACAACUUUUUCUCCAAACCAUUUUUUUUUUCCAUCUCUCUCCACUCCCGGCUGUACCAGCCUUGACCAAACCAGAGCAAUAAUCCUUCGCCCUGCAGGCUUACGUUUGUCACUGACAUCUGGUCAAUCCUUGUUUUACUCUAACAUUAAGUCGCGCAGAAUUUUAAAGUAAUUGGUUUUCCACUACUGUUUAAUAUUGAACAAAACUUUCUCCCAUGACAAAUGGAGAGCUGUGACACGGCCGUGCUUGUGUGUGUUUGUAGGAGGCUCAGAGAUGAGUUUGGGUAUUAUUUAUGUAAAGCAAUCGAUCAAAGUAUCCACACACUGUGCAUGAAAAUGAAGUGUGAAUAUUGUUGCCCACUUCGUGUUUUGCAAAUUUAUUCAGAUAGGACGUUUAUUUGAACAAACUGAAACACUUGCUGGCUACGUUUUCCAGAAAGUGUUUGCUCACCUGUUCACAUAAAACUAUCUGCUGUGUCUCUUUGAUGUUGGAAACAUGUUGAAAUGAUUGUGCCAAACAUUCUGUUACUGACUGUCAACUGAAAGGAAAGUGAAAACAUAUCCUCUUAUAUUUAAGCAGAGAUGAUGACUUAAAACAAGGAAAUUAAACUCCCAACCCAGGGGGUCAGUAAUCCUUUUACAUUUUAGGCUGUGAUACGUUUUGUCAGUCUGGAGAGCCGUUGCUUGAAAGAUUUUGAGACUGAGGAUGAGUGAAAUCAAAUUGACUGUGUAAAAAGGGCGGUACUGUUAUUUGUCGACUACUCCUCAGUCCACACUGGCUUUUCUAACCUAUGCAACUCAUCUCAGUCAGAGGUUUAUCGAGCCAAACAUUCACCGUAUAAACACAUCUUUGGUGUCAACAUUCUGCAGCCGCACAUUUAUUUUACUGACUAUUGACACGAGCUGGUUCAUUCACAAUAAGUUGUCUUUUUUUCUAAUGGAUUCUUCAAGAAUUUCAUCUUAAAUUUCUGCUUCCAUCUAACUGAUGAGUUUCAGACUUCAACCUGAAGCGUGCCUUCAACUCAUUAUUUGGAUGAUCACAUCAGCAGCACAGUUUAAUGUGAAGGAGCCAGCUUCAGAUAUUUAUAGGGUACAAACCCGGCCCAGCCGACUGCAUCGAUCCUAGUCACAGAUUUACAGUUAAAGAUCUCAUAUUGCCUCUGUUCGGAGUGAAUGUUUCACUUUAACCUCAGAUGCAAGUAAAAGAAAUAGAGCAAAUGACUAUGGCAUCUUAGUCUUAUGUUUAACAGACUCUCUUGUUUAUCUUCUGUUAUCAUUAUGUUUUGUCUGUAUGUGCUAAGCACCACCAGGUUGACUGCAUGGUGAGAGGCUCUACACAUCUCGGGUCUCGUGUGAUAUUUGGGCUACAAACUGCUGCUGCCUUUCUUACUCAACCAACUCAUUUCACUGAUGAUAACUGGAGAGCAAAAGUGUGUUGGAUACCUGAAUAAAAUUCAGUGUUACAACAGA